GUCCCAUCAAGAUUCCAUCCAAAAAUUAAAAGAAGAAAAAGAAAAACCAAAGACCAUGGGGAAAGCAGAUCUCCAUUACAGAGAGAAAAGAUGGUCUCUCAAGGGAAUGACAGCUCUUGUCACCGGAGGAACCAAAGGCAUAGGACAUGCCAUAGUAGAAGAAUUAGCUGAAUUUGGGGCAGCUGUGCACACAUGUUCUCGCAACCAAAAAGAGCUCAAUCAGUGUUUACAAGAAUGGCAAAGCAAAGGUUUCAACGUAACUGGGUCCCUAUGCGACGUAUCAAAUCGAACCCAAAGGGAAAAGCUUAUAGAGACAGUUUCCUCCAUUUUUGAUGGAAAGCUUAACAUUCUUGUUAACAAUGCUGCAUUUAAUACACUUAAAGAAGCCUUAAAGGAUACUGCUGAAGACAUUUCGACUGUUAUGAGUACAAAUUUUGAGUCUGCAUAUCAUCUAAGUCAGCUUUCGCAUCCUCUCUUAAAGGCAUCAGAAUAUGGAAAUAUUGUGAAUAUCUCUUCCAUUACAAGCAUUGUUGCUAUCCCAGUUUCUGCUCUCUAUGCAGCAUCCAAAGGAGCACUGCAGCAAAUUACAAAAAAUUUAGCGUGUGAGUGGGCAAAGGACAGUAUUCGAGUUAAUGCAAUUUUACCAGGAUUAAUUCUUACCCCUCUCGUAAAUUCCGCAGAGGAAAGUAUGGGAAUGACUGACUAUGUGAAGGAGUUUACUCGUCGUAUUCCCCUCUCUCGAGAAGGAAACGUUGAUGAGAUAUCAUCAGUGGUGGCAUUCCUUUGUUUUCCUGCUUCUUCAUAUAUUACUGGCCAGCUUAUAGUUGCAGAUGGAGGAUAUACUAUCAAUGGAAUUUUCUAGUUCUACCCAAAUAAAAUUAAAUAAAUAACUGUACCUAGAUUAAAUUACAUGUUUUUGGAGAAUAAUUACAUUAUGUACUUUGGGAAUUGAUUUUAUUUAAAUAAAGUUGUAAUUUGCGGAGGACCAACUAGGCAACUACUAUGUUG